ACGAGAAAACCCAAAAGGAUUCAGAAAGAACUUACGUUGAGCGGUUGAGAAAAGACCAGAAGCCCAGAUAUGAUAAGAAAAAGGAAGAAAGAAUUGAUCAUUAUCGUCCGCAAGGCGAAGAAUUUGACAAAGCCUAUACCUACGACUACAAAUCUCGAACAGAUGACACUGAAAUGACUCAGCAACGCGUAACUGCUGAGAAGAUUACUGUCAGCAGAGAAGAUAUAACUCAAAUAGAGGAAACAGAAAAACCACGAUAUCCCAAAGAUCUUGAUAUUGGACGUAUUGUGAUUGAAGAAGCUCCAGAAGAAAAAGAAGAAAUAUUGAAACGUGACGUUGUUAGGAGAGAUGAGGUGAAGCCAAGACGUGAGGAUAUGAAAACUCCGUAUGAAGCUGAAAAAGUUCCUGGAGUGCAAAUGAGAGAAGAAAUUAUCAAAGUUGGAAAGCUUGAUGUUACUGACUACGAGAAAACCCAAAAGGAUUCAGAAAGAACUUACGUUGAGCGGUUGAGAAAAGACCAGAAGCCCAGAUAUGAUAAGAAAAAGGAAUUCGAAGAAAGAAUUGAUCAUUAUCGUCCGAAAGGCGAAGAAUUUGACAAAGCCUAUACCUACGACUACAAAUCUCGAACAGAUGACACUGAAAUCACUCAGCAACGCGUAACUGCUGAGAAGAUUACUGUCAGCAGAGAAGAUAUAACUCAAAUAGAGGAAACAGAAAAACCACGAUAUCCCAAAGAUCUUGAUAUUGGACGUAUUGUGAUUGAAGAAGCUCCAGAGGAAAAAGAAGAAAUAUUGAAACGUGACGUUGUUAAGAGAGAUGAGGUGAAGCCAAGGCGUGAGGAUAUGAAAACUCCGUAUGAAGCUGAAAAAGUUCCUGGAGUGCAAAUGAGAGAAGAAAUUAUCAAAGUUGGCAAGCUUGAUGUUACUAAUUACGAGAAAACCCAAAAGGAUUCAGAAAGAACUUACGUUGAGCGAUUGAGAAAAGACCAGAAGCCCAGAUAUGAUAAAAAAAAGGAAGAAAGAAUUGAUCAUUAUCGUCCGCAAGGCGAAGAAUUUGACAAAGCCUAUACCUACGACUACAAAUCUCGAACAGAUGACACUGAAAUGACUCAGCAACGCGUAACUGCUGAGAAGAUUACUGUCAGCAGAGAAGAUAUAACUCAAAUAGAGGAAACAGAAAAACCACGAUAUCCCAAAGAUCUUGAUAUUGGACGUAUUGUGAUUGAAGAAGCUCCAGAAGAAAAAGAAAUAUUGAAACGUGACGUUGUUAGGAGAGAUGAGGUGAAGCCAAGACGUGAGGAUAUGAAAACUCCGUAUGAAGCUGAAAAAGUUCCUGGAGUGCAAAUGAGAGAAGAAAUUAUCAAAGUUGGAAAGCUUGAUGUUACUGACUACGAGAAAACCCAAAAGGAUUCAGAAAGAACUUACGUUGAGCGGUUGAGAAAAGACCAGAAGCCCAGAUAUGAUAAGAAAAAGGAAUUCGAAGAAAGAAUUGAUCAUUAUCGUCCGCAAGGCGAAGAAUUUGACAAAGCCUAUACCUACGACUACAAAUCUCGAACAGAUGACACUGAAAUCACUCAGCAACGCGUAACUGCUGAGAAGAUUACUGUCAGCAGAGAAGAUAUAACUCAAAUAGAGGAAACAGAAAAACCACGAUAUCCCAAAGAUCUUGAUAUUGGACGUAUUGUGAUUGAAGAAGCUCCAGAGGAAAAAGAAGAAAUAUUGAAACGUGACGUUGUUAGGAGAGACGAGGUGAAGCCAAGACGUGAGGAUAUGAAAACUCCGUAUGAAGCUGAAAAAGUUCCUGGAGUGCAAAUGAGAGAAGAAAUUAUCAAAGUUGGCAAGCUUGAUGUUACUGACUACGAGAAAACCCAAAAGGAUUCAGAAAGAACUUACGUUGAGCGGUUGAGAAAAGACCAGAAGCCCAGAUAUGAUAAGAAAAAGGAAGAAAGAAUUGAUCAUUAUCGUCCGCAAGGCGAAGAAUUUGACAAAGCCUACCUACGACUACAAAUCUCGAACAGAUGA